AAGCACGUGUCGUGAUCAAAAACGUCGCACGCGGUGUAUUUGUGCGCCCGGUCGGAAAGCGCGUUUUUUAUGUAUUUCGUUCUUUUCAUUUUGAUAACUUCGUCCAGACCAUAUUGAAGGCCAUUGUUCUCGGACAUCUGCUGGCAUGGAGCAAAAAGGACGAAAAGGCAGAGGCUUUUUCGGCUGCCUAGUAGUAUAUGAAGUAGAUGAAAGUCACACAGAGGACAUAAUCAGGGAAGAAGUGAGCAAACAUGGAAAAGUUCUAUAUGUGGGCAUUAACAUGAACAAGUCUCAGCAAAAAAUGGCCUUUGUCAAUAUGGAAACGAAACGUGACUGCGCGGCCGUCAUUGUGGCCCUUCACCAGCAGCCGCCCUACAACUGGACCAUCCGCCUUAACCAGCCGGCGGAGGUGCGCGAGCACAGACGGCUCGCCAGACAGGACAGGACACAUGAGGCAUCGCCCGAAAUCCAGGCCAAGGUCACGGAAUUCGACCAGUAUGAGUCAGACAUCAACGACCUAAUCCGGCAGAUGUCUGACUCUCUGCAGGUCUCCGGGGAGCGGCCCGGUGCCGUGGGCGGUGCUACCUUCGGUGCCACUGCCGGUGCCGCUGACGGCGUCAACGGUGGCAUUGGGGCACACGCCACCGCGGCGUCCAGGAGUCGGCCGGUGGCGCCGCGACCGGUCAGAAGCGCGGUACCCAGUGCACAGAGCCAGACCCAGACCCAGAUCCAACCGCAGGACGGCGUGGUGUACGAAGCUCGGCUGCAGGGACGCGCCAAGCGGCCCUGCUCUGUAUGCGGUACACCCACAGUCGGUCACUGCAAACGCUGCAAGACACGCUACUGCUCGCGCGACUGUCAGCUCUCCGACUGGGACUUGCACAGCCUCGACUGCCGUGAGCCGGAGCCGCCGUCCUUUGUGACGGCCGCCGGAGACGGACCGGCUGUGAGGGGUCCCCCGGCCCGGCCGUCGGACGGUUACCAGUCGGAGAUGGAGUUCGGCGGCCCCAGUCCGCGCGGGCGCGGCGCGCAGCGCGGCCGCAGCUACCGCGGCGGCGGCGACGCCGACCGCUACUGCGAGACGGAUGUCGACGACGGGUCGCCGCGGCAGGGCGCCGGGCGGCGCGGCCGCCGACAGGGCCGCUCGCCGACUCAGAGCAGCGUGGCGUCCGCCAUCCGGCCCCUGGAGGCGCCCGCCCAGCCGGUGCUCUCCCACCUGGUCAGACAGUCGGUGCAGCAGGGCGCCGUACCGCGCACGCCUCCCCGCGGUCCGAGCGGGCGGGACUCGCUGCUCGGCUCGCCGCCCGGCUCGGUAGCGGGCGCCGGUCCGGCCCGGUCGCUGCUGGGCUCGCCGCCCGCCUCAGUAGCCGGCGGUCAGAGGAAGCCGCUGCUUACAUCGCCGCCGGGAUCAGUCACGGGUGGAGGUCAGGGCAGCUCGCUGCUGGGAGCGCCGCCGGCUGCGAUGAAGGGGGCUCUCCGGGCCAGGUCGCCGGCUGCGGCACAGGCGUUGUCGCCGCCGGCCGCCCCAGCCGCUCCCGCCGCCCCGCCUACUCCCGUGUACGCAGUGACGCUGGAACCCGGAAGUACGCAUGAGAUGGUGGUAGCUCUGGUGGGCGACCCAUCGACCGUAUACCUGCGACUGCAGAGCAAACUGGCCGAUACUGACCGCAUGGAACUGGAGCUGCAGAGCGCGGCAGAAUCGGGCCGCGGACAGCCGCCGCCUGCCGUGGGACACCUCUGCUGCGGGCGCUUCGAGAACGCCUGGUAUCGCGGCGAGGUGGUCUCGUGCUCCGGCGGGCAGUACCAGAUCCAUUUCGUCGACUGGGGCAACACGGAGCGUCUGUCUGCCAGUGAGGUUCUGCCGCUGCCGGCUCGGUUCGCCGGCUGGCCGCGCCAGGCAGUACGCGCCCGGCUGGACUGGCAGCCGGCCGGCGGCGACCAGUGGAGCGCCGCGCAGAGCGCCGCCGCCGCCAAACUCCUGCAGCGGAUGGUGGUGGUGCGCGUCACCGGCCGACGCCAGGGAGAAGUGACUGUGUCGCUGACCGACCCGGAGGGACGCAACCUGCUCUCACCGCCUGCUCAGCCCGCCACUGCUGCUGCGGCUCCUGCUGCGGCUCCUGCUCCGCCAGCCGCACCGGCCCCAGCUCCGGCACCCGCUCCGGCACCUGUUCCUACUCCUGCCCCGGCCCCGGCCGCGAGGUCCGCCGCGCCCGUCCCGGUGGCUGCGCGCGCGUCGGGCUCGAUGUCUCUGGCCGACCGUCUGCCGGAUAACCUGACUCCGAUGCUGAAUGGCGACCCGCUCGAGCUGGGCCCCUCCGUCCCGCUGGAGCACCCGCAGGAGAUGGCUCUGGUGCUGCUCGACGAGGAAUAUCUCAAUCUGGAUAACGAUCUCAGAAACCUGCCCGCCGAGCCCACCACCAGCGCGAAGACCGGUGACUUGGUGGUGGCUGGUGACGCCGACACACCCCAGCGUGCCCUGGUCUGCGGCACAGGACCCAACGGAUACCGACUGUUGUUUGUCGACGAGGGCUCCGUGCUGGUGUCGAAGGGUCCGGUGCGCCCGCUGCCGGCCGCCUGGACGGUCGACAAGUUCCGUCCUCUGGCACUGUAUGUGCGCCUGGCCGACUCGGCGCCGGCCGGUACGCGCGAGGCGCUGCUCAGUGAGGAGAACCGGAUCGCGGUGAAGGUGCAGCCGCCGGCGCGUGGCGGCGACCUGGUCGUGGGUCACGCCACGACCGUCACCGGCGUGUCGGUGGCCGUGACGGUCGGCUCGUGCCGCGCCCUGCUGGGACAGCUGGGCGGCGCCGCCCCCGCCCCCGCCCCGGCCCCGGAACAGCCUGCCGCGGGCCCGGUGACGGUGCAGUACGCCCGUCUCGAGUCGGGCCGCCAGCACGUGGUGCUGCCCUGCUCCAUGGAGCACCCCCAGCGCGUGUCGGCCCAGCUACAGGACACACUCCACUACCGGCCCUACCUGCAGAUGGCCGAUCGGCUCAAGGACGUCUGCGGCAACGGCUGCGCGCCGCGUCUGGUGCCCCCGGUCGGCAGUCUGGUCGGCUUGUUCUGUGACGCCGUCGGCUCGCCGGCGGCGUGGCGGCGCGCCCUGGUGCUGGAGAGCCACGGCGAGCAGCUGCGGCUGCGGCUGGUCGACUGGGCCGUCACCGUGCCGGCACAGCUGGCCGACGUGCGACCGCUGGACGCCUCGUUUGCCCAGGAGAAAGCCAUCGGCGUUGAGUUCGGACUGGACGGAAUCGCUGCGGACGCGUGCCCGGAGAGUGAACUGGGCUUCUAUCGUAACAAGCUGGUCAACCUUCAGUACUUGCUAGAGCUGAAAGGAGAGAAGAAUGGGGUGCCUCAGGCGACGCUGAAUCUGCUCAGCGAACAGAGGAGCUUCUGCUUCAACGAAAAGAUGCUGAGCCGACUGGCCACUGCUGCCGCUGGCGCGACUGUUGUUGCUAGUCCGACUCCUGCCCCUGCUCGUGCGCCCGCCCCUGCCGCUGCCCCAGUUCCUACCCCUGCCCCUGCCCCUGCCCCUGCUCCGGCCCCAGCGGCCUCCUCGGCCACUCCGCCGGCCCUGCUGAUCACCGAUCUGCCCAAGCUGAAUCUGAAGCCGGGUUCCACCAUUCCCUUCUUCGUGACGGAGGUGCUGAGCGCGGCGAACGUGUACGGCACGCCGCUGACGGAUGAGGCUGUGACGGCCACCUCGGAGCUGGAGGCGCUGUUGCCGGAGCUGGGUGGACGCGCGCCGCCGCUAGCGCACCCGCAGACCGAGCAGCUGCUGCUGGCGCCCGACGCCGAGACGGACGGCUGGUCACGCGGCACACUGCUGGCGGUCGAUGCUGGCAACGCCUCUGUGUGGCUGCUGGACCACGGACGCCUGGUGGAGGUGCCCGCCACGGGUCUGCGCAUGCUGCACCCUGACCUGGCGCGCUACCCGGCCUGCGCCGUCGAGCUCUGUCUGGCAGGUUACGACAGUCUCAGCGAAGCGAACGCCGAGUUCGUUCAGAAGAAGCUGAUACAGGCGACUGAAGUGCCGCUCGAGGUGGAGAUCAUCGGCCCCACGGACGAGGGGUUCUCGGCGCGCGCCCCGGCCAUUGACGGUGCCCUGCGUGAUGCCGGCGUGGCCCUGUAGGCAGCGGGCGGUAACCACAUUCCUACCUCCCGCCGGGCGGUGGACACCAGUGAGCUGAGGUGGACGGACCGUGUGUGCGGGUGGACGUGUGCCAUGGAGUGGACAAACUCGGUACGGCUGUGGAGGUCAAACUUGUAUUAUGUGCCAGAUGUUCUGUUUCGGGCGCGGAUGGCCUGCCUCUUGGAGGGGAGAGAUUAAGCCUUUCUGUUCAGCCUAGAGUCGGUUGUCAUUCGAUCUACCGUAUGUUUUCCUUGGAGCUGUGGAGCCGUUUGGAGCGGCGCGGUGCUGCGUACAAAGUUUGGACGGUGGUGCGAAGCUGGCUGCGUCGCCGACGCUCUUACCAAUACGCGACUCGGCAUGAUGGCCGUGCUUCAAUACAUGCUGACUCGUUUUCGUA